UUCUCGCCCUAAUACUUUGAUAUGGUCGGACGAACCCUACUUUCGGAACCAGCGCCCUGAAGGAAACUCUUUCCAUCCACGUACUUGUUUACGGUGGCAGAAAGGAGGAAAAGGAAGCCCUAACCCUAAAAAUGGAUGCUAUACGUAAGCAGCUCGACGUGUUAAUGGGAGCGAACAGAAAUGGUGAUGUGAGGGAGGUGAAUCGCAAGUACUACGACCGAGACGUCUGUCGCCUAUUCUUGGCUGGGCUUUGCCCUCACGAGCUGUUCCAGUUAACGAAAAUGGAUAUGGGGCCAUGUCCAAAGGUGCACUCAUUGCAGCUGAGAAAAGAAUAUGAGGAAGCCAAAGCAAAAGGCAAUGAUAAUUAUGACAGGGACCUGGAAGAUGUCAUAGAUAGGCUUAUUGUUGAGUGUGAUAGGAAAAUUACAAGAGCUCUUAAGCGUCUGGAGGAUGAAGAUGCCAAAGCUGCCAUUGCUAUAUCUGUCUCUGAGGUUACACAGUCACCUGAGGUUCUUGAGUUGACUAAGCAAAUUAAGGAGAAAUUGAAAGAAGCUGAUCAGUUUGAUCUUGAAGGCAAGACUGAUAAUAAGAUUAGAGCUUUGGAAGUGGUGGAAGAACUUAGAACCAAAAGAGCAGACAAACAGUCCAUGCUUCUUCUUGAUGCCUUCAACAAAGACAGAGCCUCAUUACCACAGCCACUUUCAAAUCCUCCAGCACUGGCUCCAUUGCCCGUACUUGCACCACCAGACCCUCGCACUCAGGAAAUGAUAAAUGAGAAGUUGAAAAAGGCAGAAGAUCUUGGUGAGCAAGGAAUGGUAGAUGAGGCACAAAAGGCCUUAGAAGAGGCUGAAGCACUUAAGAAGUUGGGAGCAAGGCAGGAACCAGUUCUGGACUCGUCAAAGUAUACUGCUGCUGAUGUUCGCAUUACUGAUCAGAAGCUACGUGUCUGUGACAUUUGUGGAGCAUUCUUGAGUGUAUAUGACAGUGACCGUCGUUUGGCUGAUCAUUUUGGUGGAAAGCUUCAUUUGGGUUAUAUGCAGAUUCGUGACAAGUUAGCAGAACUUCAGGAGGAGAGAAACAAGAGUCGAAAAUUAGACCGUGAUGAUGAUAGAAGAUCAAAAGAGAGAAGUCGUGAUCAUGACAGGGCAGGUAGCAGGGACCGUGACCGUGAUAGGGAGGAUAGAAAUGGUAGCCGAGAACGAGGGAAAGAUUAUGAUCGAAGGAGUAGAGACCGGGAUAGGUAUAAUGACCGUGAUCGUGGGUAUGAUCGGGAACGGGAUAGGGAACGGGAUAAUAGAGAUUCAGACCGCUCACGCAGUUAUGAUUCAAGAAGUCGCAGAAGGUCACGUUCGCGUUCACAGGAACGUUCAAGGGAUUAUGAUCGCCAUAGGCGUUAUGAUCGCUACUAAUCCUAAAGUGGCGAGGAAUGGGGAUUGAGAGUUCUAGCUAUAUCCAAGUCUGCUUUAGGAGCAAAAGAUAAUGCCUCUGUUUCCAUUUCAUAUGUUCCAAUAGUAACCAGUAUUGGUUCCAUAGGUGCUAAGACAAUGAUCUGUUUACUUAUGUUUGUUUUGCUGCUAUGAGAAAUUAUAGGUUAUGAGGAUUUAAAAGGAUGAAUUGUACUUAUUGACAUUCUUCAAGUAUCAGCUGUUGUGACGUGUUCUCACAGCAGUCUAAUGCCACUUGGCUCUCUUUCAGCCUA